AUGUUCAGAAGAGUGCUCGCCACCGUGCCGGCGCAGGCCAGCCGUGCCGCGCAGACCGUCGUCCGCCCCACCACCACCAACACCUUCCGCCUCGCCCCCGCCGUCACAGCAUCAUCGCAAUCGCAAAUAAGCCGCCGACAAUACCACGAGAAGGUGCUUGAUCACUACAACAACCCUCGCAAUGUCGGCAGCAUGCAGAAGAAUGCUCCGGACGUGGGCACGGGCUUGGUGGGUGCACCGGCGUGUGGCGACGUGAUGAAAUUGCAGAUCAAGGUCGACCCCGCCAAUGAUACCAUCACCGAUGUCAAGUUCAAGACCUUUGGCUGCGGCUCUGCUAUCGCCUCGAGCUCGUACCUGACCGAGUUGGUGCGAGGGAUGACGCUGGAGCAGGCGGGGAGGAUCAAGAAUACCGAGAUUGCCAAGGAGCUGAGUCUGCCUCCUGUGAAGCUCCAUUGCUCCAUGCUUGCCGAAGACGCAAUCAAGUCCGCCAUCACUAACUACUACACCAAGAACCCAAAGGCGAAGCAGACCGACCUCGGAGGCACUGGAGCCGCAAUGCCCAAGAUUGAGAUUGAGAAGCUCCCUGCUGAUGCCCCUGCCGCGGCGUCGGCAUCGGCGUGA